AUGGCUCAGGGUGAAAGUUCAGUAAGCUUUAAUGAUAAUGGAGAUGACAGCAUUACAUCAAUAUUUUCUAGAGAUCAAGCUGCAUAUUUUGCAGUGGAGCCACAGACCACACAGAUUUGCAGUGAUUUAACCAUGUUUGAUACCUAUAAAAUGAUGAAUUCAGAAGAGGAUACAAUAACUAUACCCGAUGAUAGUGUUCCUUUUGUGAGAAAUCUUGAGAAUAGCUUUCAUCUAGCUUCUACAUCAAGUAGUAAUAAGGUUCCUCCUGAUUGUAAGCUGAAUAAUGAUGCAAAAUUGUGGCAUCUCAAAUUAGGACAUUUGCCCUUUAGGCAAUUGAGUCAUGUAAUUCCUGGUUUAAAUGUAAGAGAUUGGAAUGAUGACAUUUAUAUUUGGGGUCCUUUCAAGCAUAAAACUCAUAAUAGCUGUACUAUGCUCCUAACCAUUGUAGAUGACUUUACAAGGCAUACUUGGGUGCACUUAUUAAAUUUUAAGAAUGAUUCCGUUAAGAUUCUGAUUGAUUUUGUGAUUUUUGCUGAGAAUCAACAUGGUUUUAAGGUGAAAUGCAUUAGAUCAGACAAUGCAAAGGAGUUGUGUGAGUGCAAAAUUGCUGAUUUUUAUCUUGCUAAGGAUAUCCUACAUCAAAUAAGUUGUAGUGAUACACCUCAGCAAAAUGGGGUAGUAGAAAGAAAGCACAAACACCUUCUUGAGACUGCUAUAGCUCUAUUUUUUCAAUCUAAGGUUCCUUAUAGAUAUUGGGGAGAGUGUGUUCUGAGUGCAGCUCAUAUUAUUAACAGAAUGCCAUUAUCUGUUUUACAUAACCUCUCACCUUGUCAGAAGCUUUUUGGGACAAUUCCUGAUAUUUCUCAUCUUAGAGCUUUUGGGUGUCUUUGUUUUGUGACAACAUCUAAAGUUGGAAGAACCAAGUUUGAUCCUAGAGCAGACCCUUGUGUCUUCAUUGGUUACUCUCCUACACAAAAAGGUUAUAGAGUUUUGCACCUCAAUAAUAAUCACAUCACAGUAAGUAAAGAUGUUCAUUUCUAUGAGCAACACUUUCCUUUUCAUGUGUUGCAGUCUGACAAACAUCCUUUUCAAUUUUUCCUUCCAAAUGAUAAUAACAACCAUAUUUUCAUUGAUCCUUUUGUGGACUAUACAAAAGGAUAUCAUGCUCCUAUCUCAACCCAAAUUCCUGUUUCUAUCUCAUCUGACACAUCAUCUUCCUCCACUAGUCAAUCAUCUUUCUCAUCUCCUAAUAUUCCUUAUCCUCUUUCGAUGUCUAUUUCUGAUUCAAACACUAGCACAAAUUCAUCGUCUCUUCCUUAUCACAUUAUACAACCCUCAGAGGUUACAGAUAUUCUAGAUACUCUUCAUUCAGGAACAGUUCCUGAUACUAGACAUUCCACUCGACAAAGAGAGCCACCUAAAUGGAUGAAAGAUUAUAUGUGUAAAUUUCUUGCAAAAGCAAACCCACAUUGGUGCAACCUAAUCUUCUAUUUUGAUAUUCCAUCUACUCAUAAAGCCUUAAUUGCACAAUCUUCCUCAAAUUAUGAACCAAACACAUACAAAUAA